UCUCGCUCCAUAGGCUGCAGCCUGUCGCAGCACGCCCUUUCAGCCUCUUCCGUGAAACUUGUGGUUGUGCUGCUGUCAGCUUCAGACCACUCCCUCUGUCAGCAGAGCAGUCAAGUCUCUGCUCGCUCCUCUGUGACUCCUCAGACUGUUUUUCUUUAAGAUUAUGUGCUCAGCCGAGGAUGGCGGAAGCCAACGCACUUGAGGAACUGCAAUCGGAGCUUACCUGCCCGGUGUGUUUGGAGCUGUUCCGUGAUCCGGUGAUCCUCGAUUGCGGUCACCACUUCUGCCAGGUGUGCAUCAUCCAGUGCUGGGAGGCAAAAGCGGAUGAGUUUUCCAGUUGUCCAAAGUGUAGAAAGUCGUGCAGCCGUAAAUUGCGACCCAACUCGCUUCUGUGUAACGUCGUGGACAGUGUGCGGAGAGCCGGGACCAUGGACACGGUCAUGGGGAAAACUGGGUGGGACCCGGAAGGUUCGCUGGAGGAGCCGGAGGAGCGGGAGCCCGGGUCCAGCAUGAGCAGCGUGGCCUCGUCCAUCGGGCACUGGCCGCGCAUGGGUAUGGGUAUGGAUAUGUGCGAGGAGCAUGAGGAGAAGCUGAAGCUGUACUGUGAGGACGACCAGCUGCCCAUAUGUCUGGUGUGCGGGAUGUCCCGGGACCACAAGACCCACAAUGUCAUCCCCAUUAACGAGGCUUUUGAAAACUACAAGGAUAAGCUGUCUGUCGCUCUAGAGAGGGUUCAACUGCAGUCAGAGGAGGCCACGCUCUUCCAAAGACAGACCAAUGAAAAGAUCCUGUUCAUUAAGGAGCGAGCAGGAGAUCUCGAGGAGCUGGUCACUGCAGAGUUUAGUCGUCUGAGGGAGUUCCUGCUCGAGGAAGAGGAACGCAUAAAGGAGAAACUGCAGAAGCAGAAAGAGGAGAAGCUCAACCAGCUGGAGGAGGCACUCACUCAAACCACGGAGCAAAUCAGUCAGCUGGAAAGUACGGCUGACGAGCUCUGCGUUAAACUGAGAGAAGAGGAAAACCCAGAGCAACUCAAGGGAAUCAAAGAUUUCAUCGGAGGCGCUGAGAGCUUGUUUGAGCGCCCCCCAGAGGUGGAUGUCAACCUGCAGUCAGCAGAGUUCCUGGGACCUCUGCAGUACAGAACCUGGAGAAAAAUGAGCUCAUUUUUUCAGCCAGCUAUCACAGCGGUGACCUUCGACCCUGACACAGCCUACCCCUGUCUGUGGGUUUCCCAGUGUCGCACCAGCGUCCAGGUUGGAAAAAUUCAGCCCAACCUGCCCAACAACCCAGAACGCUUCACCCGAUACAACAUCGUCCUGGGCUCUGAAGCUUUCUCCUCUGGCAGACACUACUGGGAGGUGGAGGUAGGCUCCAAGACAGCAUGGGGUCUUGGUGUUGCCAUUGCCUCCGUCAACAGAAAGGAGGAGAUCAGCCUUUGCCCAGAUGAUGGUUUCUGGACCAUGAUACUGAGAGACAACGGCAACGGCACCAGCGAGUAUGAAGCAUGCACCGACUCAGAGGAAAGCUUGUUAUAUCCCUCCAAACCUCCUACAAGGGUGGGGGUCUAUUUGGACUAUAGUCGUGGUGAAGUGGCAUUUUAUGAUGCAGGAGACAUGAGCCACCUCUUCACCUUCUAUGAUGCAAAAUUCAAAGAGCCUGUUUUCCCGUACUUCAACCCCUGGCCGAUUAUCAGCGGACGCAAUCGGGAGCCGCUCACCAUAGUAACACCACACUGGGGAUAGAUGUGCUUUUUUACCGGAAGACUGACACUCUGCGUCAGCAGGCUCUGAAUAAAUCUGCAGACAAAUAUUCAGCAGCUGAUGAACUUAGAUGGACUCAUCUUAUGAGAAUUCACACAUCUGCCUCAAAAUGUGACUGCAUUAAUUAUGUGGUGAAGAUUCUUCAGAGUCUGCAAAGACUGGAAGUAAGAUAAAACUACUAAACUAAAACAAAUGACACUUUAAUGGACAUGGCUGUUGAUAUUCUACAUUUUUCUUAUUGUCAACAAGCCCCAUGAAAACACCAAAACCAACAAUGAACUAACAAGUACUGUGUGUUUUAAGCCAGAUAAAUCUUUUUUCCUCUGUGCCAUUUAAUACAAUUGUAUUGCAAAAAAAAAAAAAUAUUAAAAACACAUCAAUGAGCCACAUUGUUGCACUGGAUUAAAUGACCCCUAUCCCACAUCUGUGCUGCUGUCAUAAACCUUCACUAGUGUGCCAAAUGUGUAUUAAUCCACAACUGAAAAACAGUCAAAUAAAUGCAUGAUUGCUCCUGUUUUAGUAAUGUUUGCUAAAAAAAAAAAAUACAAUAGCGGCUUUUAAAUUUUACUUAUGUUAUAUUUUGUGACCAUUUUUUU